UGAAAGGAUGCUCGGCAAACAACAAGCACACUCCACCUCAAGAGAACUCAAACAAUAUGCAAGUGCAAAUUAAGGAAUAUAUAAACCAAUCUGGAAAACGAGAUGGAUGUUUUCUGACCUGAACUAUGGGCACGAACAACUUUUGAGCGAAGUGAGACUUAAGAAGUGACAUUCUGGCGAGAAUUUCUGGAUAAAUCAGAUGCCCAUCUGUGUAUUGUAAGACAUGACAGAUGUAAAACGACCUCACUGGAUUUAAGAGAUUUGUGUAUCCGUGGUUCUCCAGCUGUGUCGCCGCUGUAAUCUGUACCAUUUUGCAACGAUAAGAAUGACCUCAGCAUUUUACGUGGUUUUGAUCUCACUCUUGGUUCAUUUCUCGGGGGCCAGUUGUCCUCAUGGCUGCCUGUGCACAGCUGACAUCCUGAACUGUGGCUCUGUGGGUCUGGACAGAUUUCCGAGUCCACUACCAUUCACAACGUCUGUCUUGGACCUCAGUCAUAACAGAAUGACAUGGCUAGCAGCAGGCACCUUUUACGGGCUCCCACGGCUGCACACUUUGCAUAUGUCCCAUAACCGCAUCUCUAUGCUCAGCCCAGGAGCUUUCCAUAACAUCAGCAGUCUGCAGUACCUGGAUCUCUCCUCUAACAAACUGCAGGUGGUGGGGAAGUACCACUUCCAGGACCUGAUGGCGUUGGAGGUGUUGUUGCUGUAUAACAACCGCAUUACCCGUGUGGAGAGCAACACAUUUAUGGGUCUCAGCAAUUUGAGGAAGGUUUAUCUCAGCUUCAACCAGCUGACUGACUUUCCCUUUUUCACCGUGCGCAAACAUAUCCACCCCAACCUGGUUACUCUGGAUCUGUCCUCCAACCGCUUGUUUCGUUUGCCUAUGGAUGACAUUGUGUUGUUGCCAGUAGCGGUCCAAAGAGGCUUGUUCUUGCACAACAACAGCCUCGAAUGUGAUUGUUCCGUGUAUCGCUUGUUUUGGCAUUGGGACCAAAAGGGAUAUGGGGCAGUUGAAGAAUAUAAGGAGGACUAUAGGUGUUUAAUGUACCGUGAUCCUCCUGUUUCAAUCACAUUCCUCCGCAGCUCUUAUUUCUUUGAGAACUGUACGGUGGGAAAGAUGAUAUCUCUUAUUUCUCCAAAGGCUGAUAAAGUUGUGCACAAGGGAGAACAAGUGAAACUAGACUGUACUGGAACUUUGAAUGGAGAAGAGCUGUCCUACAGUUGGACCAUCCCUCACCAAGAGUCGAUCAGUCGGCUGGUCCAAAAUGGAACCCUCCGUCUUAAUCAAGAUGGAAGCCUGGAUAUACUCGCAGCCCAGCCCACAGAUUCAGGAGUUUACCAAUGUACCGCCGUGGAUAACACCAAGAUGAUCAAUGAAACAAGAGAGGUGAAUUUAACCGUGCUAUCCCAGCGCUCCAUUGACGAGCCGUUCCACACCGGCUACACCACUUUGUUGGGCUGCGUCGUGACCCUAGUGCUGAUACUGAUGUACUUGUAUUUAACGCCAUGUCGCUGUGAUUGCUGUAGACCCCCUCCUCCCUCACCAGAAGACCCCUCGUUCAGGGAAGACCCUCUCACGUCUAUCUUUACAGCUCCCGCAAAUGCAGAACGGCACAAGGCAAAGUCUCAGCCGGACAGGCACGUAGUGUUCCUCGAGCCACUCCUGGCAGGGAAAAAUGGCCACCCAAAAGCUGCGUUUGUUGUCGAACAUCCCACAAUUGAAUGGGACAUGGAGAACUACACCAUUGUUGACAGAAAUGAGUCAGAGUAGCAGAUCAUUGACUUUAAAAUCAACAUCUUCCAGGAUUCUCAUAAGCUUGUUGGAAUUGAGGGCAGCUUCAUAAAUGAAUCUGUCAUAAUUCCAGAAAUAAAUUGUUUUGAUCCUGAAAUGACUCGCCUCACAGUAUUUGGUCAGUUUAAAGAGAUUUCUAUGUGCAGUCAUGGUGGUUGGUGGUGUAUGACUGUACUGAGAGUAAUGCAUUGACAAGCAACAAGGCCAAAAUGAUUACAUUAUUAUAUCAAAAUUUUGCAACAUUUUAUUACAGUUCACUUUGUAACUAACAUUUAAAUUAAAUGACUGAAUAUUUCAUCAAUUUAACAAGUGAAGAUUAAAAGAAAUAGAAGUUUUGCCAAGAUUGUCAUGACAACAGCAAAGUUUAUGUUGGCUCUAAUGCAGCAUUUUAUCUGAACAAAACAAAAGCUAUAGAGCUGCAGAUCAGAGCUGCUUUAACUUGGCAAUAUACACACAUUGUAUACAGAGUACACAAGAAUGAACCAUCAAUUUCUCUUGUGGUGUUUCAGGUGGCUGUGGAUAUUGACUCAAAAGCUAAGUUGAAAAUGUAUUUUGUACUCUCGGUCGGAAAAAAAAUGUACAUUUGAGAAGAUAAGGUGACGACAACCUCUUAAUUUGCAAGGGUGUUUUUGAAGGUAUUUACAUGGUCCAUGCACACACACUCGCACAAUGGGUGAUGACAAAUAUGAUAUUAAAUGCAGAGAAUGGUCUAAUGAAAGAAACACCAGUCUGUCUUGAGCGAAAUCCUUAACAGAAUUCCUUCCAGAUCAGUUUAAGACUGAGGCUUAAUCUUUUCAAAUGCAUUCUUACCAUUGGAUACAUCUAAUCCCUUAUGAUAAAGAUACAACGUAAAGUUGUAGUGUAGUGAUGUCUGUUUUUGUGUGAUAUUAUUCACCACAAAAUGUAACAUUAAGCUGCUAUUUCAGUACCGGAGAAGUGAAUAAAUGUAUAUCAUCAUACAAAAGCUGUCAUUGGGGCUGUACGCUUUUACACUUUUAAAAGUACACUUUUGCACCUAAAGAGUACACAUUUGUACCUCAAAGAUACAUAUUGCUACCAAAUGUAUAUAUAUUUGUACAACAUAUGCAAAAAAAUGUCUUCUGCUCACACCGUUUAGAUCCAAGGUAAAUAAAUAAAUCCACGGUUGAGGAAUAAAAAGAUUGAAAACACAGAAAAGUAAAAGCAAUGAAGUGAUGUCUGUUUUUGUGCGAUAUUAUUCAUCUCAACAUUUUGCAUUAAGCAAAUUGCUAUUUCAUUACCGGAGUGUGCUAUGGAAGAGAUUAAACACCCCUGCCACAAUUUUCCCUCCCACACCAUGCACACAAUAUGCAAACUAAAGGCAAAAUAUGAAAAUGAAAAAAUCAGCAAGGCAAAGGUACAGAGUUAAUCCACGCAGCCCGUUUCCAGAUGUAAUCAGAUUUAUCUGCAGCAACCCACUUUCACAUAAUACAUGUGUCUCCUGGUUGCUCUUGACUGUUGUGCAGUUUAUAAAGCCCUGUAGCAAACAAUUGCACAACAUUUAGGAAUUGUUUAACCUACAUAAAACCUAUAUUGGUUGAAACUAUGUAUUAGCACCUAUUGUAUUAUUGCUCCUGUAUGACAUAUCGCUUAUUGCUCCCUGAACUCUCUGUAAGUUUUGGAUAAAAAUGGUCUGCUAAAUGACUAAAUGUAAAUGUAAUGUCAUGUACAUUAAAUCACAAGGGACAAAACAUUUUUAAUAUAUUUGUUUAAAAUGUCUAUAGCUAUGCAAGGUAUUGUUGCAUUGUUUUAAUUGUUCAAUAUUACACUACA